AAGUGCAGCGCGCCAGGUCGGGGUCGGGGGGCUCGCGUCACUGCUGAGAUAACCGGUGUCCUGCGCGUCGGCGGGGCAGUCCUGGGUGCCGCGUCGUGGGGACCGACGGGCUGUGCGCGACCCGGGCUGGCUCCGGGCGGUGGCGGGCGCGGCGGCUGUGACAGAAACAACAUACUUGUUUUCCUUGCCGUUGUGUAGCUUGUUGAGGAGGUGACUGGGGCACUACCUUCUAGAAGUAAUGCCCACAGAAAGCGGAAGUUGUUCGACCUCUCGCCAAGCAAAACAAAAACGCAAGUCACACAGCCUUUCCAUACGGAGAACUAACAGCUCGGAGCAGGAGCGGACGGGGCUGCCAAGAGACAUGUUAGAAGGACAGGAUUCUAAGCUGCCGUCCGCGGUCCGCAGUUCACUUCUGGAACUCUUUGGUCAAAUAGAAAGAGAGUUUGAAAACCUUUAUAUUGAAAACUUAGAAUUGCGUAGAGAAAUUGAUACUCUUAAUGAACGUUUGGCUGCCGAGGGACAAGCUAUUGAUGGAGCAGAACUGAGUAAGGGCCAGCUCAAAACCAAAGCCAGCCACAGCACCAGUCAGCUGUCCCAGAAGCUGAAGACCACGUACAAGGCGUCCACCAGCAAGAUCGUCUCCAGCUUCAAGGCCACCACCUCGAGGGCCGUCUGCCAGCUGGUGCGGGAGUACGUCGGCCACAGGGACGGCAUCUGGGACGUCAGCGUCGCCAGGACGCAGCCGGUGGUGCUGGGCACCGCGUCAGCCGACCACACGGCCUUGCUGUGGAGCAUUGAGACGGGGCGGAGCCUGGUCAAGUACACGGGCCACGCGGGUUCAGUAAAUUCUAUAAAGUUUCAUCCCUCAGAGCAGUUGGCGCUCACUGCUUCCGGGGACCAGACUGCGCACGUCUGGAGGUACGCGGUGCAGCUGCCCACGCCCCAGCCGGCCGCCGACUCGAGCCAGGUGUCCGGGGAGGACGAGGUGGAGUGCUCCGACAAGGACGAGCCCGACCUCGACGGCGACGCGUCCAGCGACUGCCCCACCAUCCGCGUGCCGCUCACGGCCCUCAAGAGCCACCAGGGCGUGGUCAUCGCCGCCGACUGGCUGGUGGGGGGGAAGCAGGCCGUGACGGCCUCCUGGGACCGGACGGCGAACCUGUACGAGGUGGAGACGUCGGAGCUGGUGCACUCGCUGACAGGGCACGACCAGGAGCUGACGCACUGCUGCACGCACCCCACCCAGCGCCUCGUGGUCACCUCCUCUCGCGACACGACUUUCCGCCUGUGGGACUUCAGGGACCCUUCCAUCCACUCCGUGAACGUCUUCCAGGGACACACAGACACUGUGACCUCUGCCGUGUUCACCGUGGGAGACAACGUGGUCUCCGGCAGCGACGACCGCACGGUGAAGGUCUGGGACCUGAAGAACAUGAGGUCGCCCAUCGCCACCAUCCGCACAGACUCCGCCAUCAACAGGAUCAACGUGUGUGUCGGCCAGAAAAUCAUUGCCCUCCCCCACGACAACCGGCAGGUGAGGCUGUUCGACAUGUCGGGAGUGCGGCUCGCACGGCUUCCGCGGAGCAGCCGGCAGGGCCACAGGAGGAUGGUGUGCUGCUCGGCCUGGAGCGAGGACCACCCCGUCUGCAACCUGUUCACCUGCGGGUUCGACCGCCAGGCCAUCGGCUGGAACAUCAACAUCCCCGCGCUGCUGCAAGAAAAAUGAGGCCCCGGCGGUCCCUGGUGUGGCUGUUGGCCGUGGACCUUUGACCGGUGUGGACUUUCUGCACCUCAAUCAGCCAUUUUCGUGAGAGUCUGGCCCUGGGAAGGGUGCUUUGUACAUGUUGUUUCCACGUUGUGCCCAGCUUGCAUGCGAUGUACAGAAACCGUGUGCCGUGUUUUCUGUUUUUGUCCUGUGUGUGUCGGCAUCCUCCGGUCAGCGCGAGUGGAGCUCACCCUCCAUGCAGCACGCGAAACGCGUGCGAGCUGCUGGCUUCUGCCAGAUGAGCGUAGGGCAUUCGCUUCGUGGAUUAAAUGUGAACCUAUGUCCUUGUUGUGAGGCACAAGCCGUCUGUGGCGUUUUCUGGAAUAAUCAUGCACGUCUGCCUUGUGCUGGGGAGGCCCCGGAGCUGCUCGCUGGCUGGCGGCGGGAAUGAGCCAAGAUGCCGUGUUUACCUCGGAAGUUUUAGCGUGUGCUGUUGAUUCAGCUUCAACUCUCAUUUCUAUUACAGUUCUGUAAAAAUAAUCUGGAUUUUAGAAGUUAAAAAAGUAGCACAGAAUGUUGAGUUUGCAACAUUUGGAGUUUCUUUUGAAAAGAAAAGGUUUCUGCUUUUUUUUAUAGAAAAUCAUUUCAAUCUGCUGAGGUCUCACACCAGAAAAUUUAACAAUAGGAUUCUAAUCACUGAUUUCAGAUAUCAAGCGAAAUUUAAAGCACUUUAGUUUAUAGCCAUGGUUAUAAACAGUUUUUGGAAGUUUCGGAUGACUUAUCCAUUGAAUGUGACUUGACCUUGCUAGGACGGCCCUGGCACCUGGCCCCAGAGGUCCCUGCGCUCUGUGUGUCCGGUUGGCAUGUCCGGUUGGCGUGUUCGGUUGGUGUGUCGGGUUGGCGUGUCCGGUUGGCGUGUCUGCGUGGGCUCCCUGCCGCGCGGUGUCCCAGAGCCAGCACGCUACCUCAGAGCCGGUGCCUGAGCGGCGCAGGGUCUCGGUGGCCGGAGAGCGCGUUCGUUUGUAGCUGGAAUGGUGAAUCCCAUUCAGGAGGCAAGAAGGAGUGUCCACCACAUGUGUCCCGAGGGUUCCGGUCUUCAGUUAGGCUCCCAAGGUGACAGCCAGGGCAGCUGGCAGGUGACACAUCUGGCUCCAGUAGCUGGGACCGCCCGGCGCUGACCCCACCUCUGCGUGAGCGAGCCCAUCCCUCUUGCCUUCUUGAAAUCCUGUUCGUCUGAUGUUUGUCCUUAGUGUUUCCUGAGUUACGGCUUUGAUGAGGAGACGUCUCAGUUUCUGCCCCUUGUCUUCUUACUCCUCUGUACACGCCCACCCGGAGGCCGGUCCCUGGUAGAGACAGGAAGGUGACAUCUAACACCUUCAGUGACGCCCGGUUCUUUGUGUCUCCCCUGUUGUGUGGUGACAGGAAGGAAGGGUGCCCCCUGGUGACUGGGGGAGCCAGGCGGCACGGUGUCCGAGGACGCAGGACACUCAGGCUGUCCUUGGCGGAGCUCGCCCAGAGCGAGGGGCUCCUUGCCGCUCUGUCCUGGGGGUGCCGACCUCAGAACUUCUGAUCUGCCUGUUCAGAGGGUUCGGAAUGACCAGCACGGCCGGAGGGGAGGGCGGGCCCAGGAACACCUGACAGUGACACAACACGGACCUGGCCUUGCUACUAAGGGGCAGACCACACAUAUUUUAGAGUCACUUCGUCUUUAAAGCUCAAAAAUUUGCUGUAUUUUUGAACUUUGGCAUUUUCACUGAUUCCACUGUUUUUGAGAACUGAGGUCAGGCUGGUCCCUCCGGCUGUCCCGGGCGUGUCCUGCUUGUGGAGCGCUGUGCGCUGUCCGGUGUCUCCGUGGUCCGGCCCUGCCGCACACGCCACCUGCCUGGUGCCUGGGUCCUACUCUGAGAGUGCGGGUGUCUGAGGACGAUGGUUGGGAACGUUGGAAAAGGUACGUGCUUAGCUGAGUCAAACCUAAGCACCAGAUCUCCGCCAGACUGAAAAGUUCUGAAGCUUUUAGAAAUCCAUAUUCUUGGUGGCCAUCGAGUUCUAGCCGACUAGUGACCUUCGCUGCCGUAACUGCAGGGACCAGCCCGGCUCCGACAGGAGGGUCCUCACUCGCUUCCUCCGGGCGCGGCCCCCGCCGGUGCGAGGGGCUCUCGGGAGCAGGCGCGCCUCUUGCUGCUGCGUGUCGGCUCCACGCCCGGCCCCUCCCACGCUGCUGUGGCCGUGGGCGUCACUCAGGAGUCACAGGGAGUCUGGGGGGUGCGUGUGUGUGCAUGUGUGCACGUGUGUGUGUGUGUGUGUGUGUGUGUGUGUGUGUGUGUGGCUGAAAGGACGUCCCGUCAGCCAUGUGUGAUCUCGUCUGAAGUAGUGUUUGCACCUGAGAAUAGUUUUGUCCUGUAUGCCGACAUGUCCAGAAUUUCAUUUAGUAACGGAGGGAAAACACGUGGCUACUGGAAAAGGCGUGUUGACGCGGAAUUGCGUCAGGGCUGUGUUGUUGGGCAAAGCAGCACUUUCUCUCAGCCACUGUUUCCCAUCAGUGUUGGUGGAGUCAGAAAUCCUGUACAUAUUUUGGAAUCUGAAGAAUCCUAUGUAAAUCAUUUGUUACUUAAAUCUGUGAAAAACAAGUUCCUUUGGAGGAAAAUCUGCAUUUAUACGUGUUGUUUGGAAUCAGUUGUUUGUAUUGUAUUGAUGUUACUGUUUUUAAGUGUUCAUUGUCUUCACUGCAAUAUGAAAUUCAUUAAAACAUCCGUGUUCUGUAAUUACUAUUACAAAAGUUUUAUGUUA